AUAAUAAUAAUAAAUCCUGAUCCAUGUUCCAAUUUCGUUUCUUUUUCUGACCCAGAAAACGGAAAAUUCCAUAUUUCGGACUCCAGGCGCAGAAUCGCUGGGAAUUUCUCUCUGAAAUCGGGAGGGCAAAGGCUGUAAGCGUUGGAUCCCGGAGAGAACGCGAAAAAAUGAUUCACUUUGUGCUUCUUAUUAGUAGACAAGGAAAAGUGAGGCUGACAAAAUGGUAUUCGCCUUAUUCACAGAAGGAAAGAACUAAGGUAAUUCGUGAACUUAGUGGAGUGAUUCUUACACGAGGACCUAAGCUCUGUAAUUUUGUGGAGUGGAGAGGAUAUAAAGUUGUUUAUAAAAGAUAUGCUAGUCUGUAUUUCUGCAUGUGCAUUGAUCAAGAGGAUAAUGAAUUAGAGAUCCUUGAAAUAAUUCAUCAUUAUGUUGAGAUACUUGACCGAUACUUUGGCAGUGUCUGUGAACUGGACUUGAUCUUCAACUUCCAUAAGGCCUACUAUAUAUUGGAUGAGUUGUUGAUUGCUGGUGAACUUCAAGAACCAAGCAAGAAAACUGUUGCGCGGUUGAUAGCUGCACAGGAUUCUUUGGUGGAGACUGCAAAAGAGGAAGCCAGUUCAAUAAGUAAUAUAAUUGCACAGGCCACCAAGUAAGGAAUGGAAAAAAUUGAGCAUCACCCUUUUUUUGAUUGACAUUGAAGUGCUAUUACUGUAUUAUUAGUAUUUUUUGUAUUGCUUUUCUUUUAACAGCUAAAGUGCAUUCUGGCCAUUUGUUAUUUGAAGUGCACUGCUAUUGAUAUAAAUGGAACUUAAAAAAUUUGCGUGCUAUUAAAGAGCAAUAAAUGCUAUUGAAGGCAAAUUGCAUUACUUACAACAAUAA